AUGGACCCUUUUGAAGCAUCUCUCAAGUUACAAGCCCUGAUCACACCAUUUAUUUUCCCAUUCUUCAAACGCAUCCCGAUCAGCAUCUCUAGAACCUUGCGUUUAUCCCUAGACCACAGCGUCCUAAGUGCCACUCUUUAUGCCUCUUCUGCUUUUUUUCUCUCUUUUUAUUGCACUCUUUCUUCCACUCUGCCUCCAUCAACACUCCAGUUGUUGUUGUUGCUGUUGUUGUUGUUGUUCUUCUUCUUCUUCUUCUUCUUCUUCUUCUUCUUCUUCUUCUUCUUCUUCUUCUUCUUCUCAUCCUGUUUCUCUUUUAAUUCUUCUUCCUCUUUUGUUUGCUUUCAUCUUCCCAUACUACUCCGGCUUCUCAUCCUCACCGUCAUGGCGUUGUUGUUGUUGUUGAUAUUGUGGUUCAUCCACUUCUUUUGUUUCAUUCUUUUUCUUCUUUUUUCUUCUUUUCUUUUCCUCUUCUUCUCCUUCUUAUUUCUCUCCUCCUACUCCUCCUCCUCCUUCUUCUUCUUCUUCUUCUUCUUCUUCUUCUUCUUCUUCUUUCCCGCCUCCUCCUCCUUCUUCUUCUUCUUCUUCUUUCCAUCUCUAGUCUCUAUCGUCCUAAUCCAGUUGUUGUUGUUGUUUUGGUGUUGUUGUCGCUGUUGUGCUGGUUCUUCUUCUUCUUCUUCUUCUUCUUCUUCUUCUUCUUCUUCUUCUUCUUCUUCUCAUUCCUGUCCCUCUUUUGUUUGCUUUCAUCUUCCCAUACUACUCCAGCUUCUCAUUCUCACCGUCAUUGGCGUUGUUGUUCUUGUUGUUGAUAUUGUGGUUCACCCUCUUCUUUUUUUUUCCUUCUUUUUCUUCUUUUUUCUUCUUCCUCUUUUCCUCUUCCUUCUCCUCCUCUUCUUUUUCUUCCUCUUUCCUUUUUCUCUCCAUCUCGUCCUUCUUCUUCUUUCCCGCCUCCUCCUCCUCCUUCUUCUUUCCAUCUUUAGUCUCUAUCGUCUUAAUCCAGUAGUUGACGUUGUUGUUGUUGCCAUUCUUCUUCUUCUUCUUCUUCUUCUUCUUCUUCUUCUUCUUCUUCUUCUUCUUCGGUUCUGA